AUGGCCGCUAUCGUGGGCUUCCCAACCCAGUCAGAGCCAAAUAUAAUCCCCGACUACGAGGUCAGGCUCUUGCUCAAUCCGACAGCGGUUCUUGGCCCUGAACAUGAGCUAACGAGUACUGUUCUAUCGGCCUUCCAUAUUGCCCCGACUGUCACUAGGAUAAAUGUCCAGUUCCUUGACAAAGGCUCCAAGGAGAUCUACCUCGCCGGCUGGAGCGCCCGUAUCCGCAAGGCCGAAAACGAGAACGACUUCGAGUUGACGUAUAAGAAGCGGUAUCCCAUCGUGGGCUGCGAUGUUGAUACCGCUCUUACUGCGGCUAAUAACGAUGGUUUAAACGCCAGGAGUACAAAAUAUAAGGCUCAAGUGGAAUGGGGUUACCAGAAGCAGACGCUUUCUAUCAGCCGCAAGAAAACAGUGAUGGACACCGGGGUUAACAGAAUUGACCUACCGGAUACCCCCAACUCGCGUAAAAUGCUGAUCGAUGAGGCGCCGGACAAGUUUGAUAACUUUGGGAGCAACAAAUGGGGCACCGGCGCGUUAGCGGUGUCGCGCAUUUUUGGGCCAGUCCUCGUCAGGCGGUCCACUGGCUUGUGGAAAGGAAUGCAGCUAUACUUCGAGACCUGGCCCCUCCUGAACUCCACAGGCACAGGAAUCGAGUACAUCGUUGAGGCUUCUUUCAAAACAACGAGUCGUAUGACAGCCUCGGUUGAGCAGACAAACUUAGCUGCCUAUUUGGAGAGCCAGGGUUGGCUGCUGGCAGAGGACUCGCUCAAGACACAGCUCAUUAUGGAGCGUUACUGA